GGCCGCAGCCCCGCCAUGGCGGACAAGAUGGCGGCGGCCGCGGCAUCCCCUCAGCCGCAGCCGGGCCCCGGGCCCCCGGCGGCGGCGGAGGAGGAGGAGGAGGAUGGCGGGGCCCCGCGCGGCGGCGGGGUGGACGGGGAGGUGGAAGCGGAGGAGUUCGGGUGCCCGGCUCACUGCGCUGACCUGGCGUGGCGGCAGAACGAGCAGCGGCGCCACGGCCUCUACUGCGACAUCACUUUGGCUUUCGGCGGCGGGAGGCCCGGGGCUUGCCGCGAGUACCGGGCGCACCGCUCCGUCCUGGCCGCCGCCACCGAGUACUUCACGCCGCUGCUCUCGGGGGGCUUCGCCGAGUCGCGCUCGGGCCGCGUGGAGCUGCAGAAGUGGAGCUCGGAGGGCGGCCCCGACCCCGACACGGUGGAGGCCGUCAUCGGCUUCAUGUACACCGGCACCAUCCGCGUCAGCCCCGGCAACGUCCACGAGGUGCUGGAGAUGGCCGACAGGUUUCUGCUGACCCGGUUGAAAGAGUUCUGUGGAGAGUUUCUGAAGAAGAAACUCAAUCUGUCCAACUGCGUCGCAGUUCACAGCUUGGCCCAUAUGUAUUCCUUGAAUCAGCUGGCCCUCAAAGCGCAGGACAUGAUCAGGAGAAACUUCCACAGAGUUAUCCAAGAUGAGGAGUUCUACACUCUGCCCUUCCACCUCAUCAGAGACUGGCUCUCAGACUCAGAGAUCACAGUGGACUCUGAAGAAGUCCUUUUCGAGACAGUUUUGAAGUGGGUUCAGAAAAAUCCCGAGGAAAGAGAGAGGUACUUUGAAGAACUUUUUAAACUGUUACGGUUGUCUCAGAUUAAACCCACUUACCUUACUCGCCACGUCAAAUCUGAAAGGCUGGUAUCCAGCAACGAAGCCUGUGUGAAGUUAGUGUCAGAAGCUGUGGAAAGUCACGCCUUGAGGUCUGAGAACUUGCAGUCCGGUAAUCUGCAACAUUCCACUUGUCCGGUAGCGUUGUUGCCACGUUUUGGACAAAACAUGGACGUCAUUAUGGUGAUUGGUGGUGUAUCAGAGGGAGGAGAUUACUUGAGUGAGUGUGUGGGGUAUUUCAUCGAUGAAGAUAGGUGGGUAAACUUACCGCACAUACAUAAUCAUCUCGAUGGGCAUGCUGUUGCUGUGACAGAAUCUUAUGUUUAUGUGGCUGGCUCCAUGGAACCGGGAUUUGCCAAGACUGUAGAAAGGUACAAUCCAAAUAGAAAUAUUUGGGAACAGGUCUCAAAUUUAAUAACCAGAAAGCAUUCUUUUGGCCUUACUGAAGUUAAAGGGAACUUGUACAGCAUUGGUGGACAUGGCAAUUUCAGUCCUGGCUUUAAAGAUGUAGCCAUUUACAAUCCCGAGCAAGACAAAUGGCAUAACCUGGAGUCAGCACCAAAGAUUCUUCGUGAUGUCAAAGCUGUUUCUGUAGAAGACCGAUUUGUUUAUGUUGCUGCUCGUACCCCAGUUGACAGUGAUAGUGAAGAUGGGUUGAGGGCAGUUAUUAUCAGAUACGAUGCUGAAACAAGGCAGUGGCAAGAUGUAGAGUCUCUGCCACUCAUUGAUAACUAUUGCUCUUUUCAGAUGUCAGUUGCAAACACAAACUUCUACCAUACAGCAUCCUGCUGCCCCAAGAGUUACCCUAUAGAUAACGAGGAAGCCAAGAUAAAGAUCUGUGGCAGGGCCUCAGACGAAAUACUUGAAAGUUUACCCCCAGAGGUUCUGAGCAUUGAAGGGGCAGCUAUUUGUUAUUAUAAAGAUGAUGUUUUCAUCAUCGGGGGGUGGAAGAACAGCGAUGAUAUUGACAAGCAAUACAGGAAAGAGGCCUAUCGUUACUGUGCUGAGAGGAAGCGCUGGAUGCUCUUGCCUCCCAUGCCUCAGCCUCGCUGUAGAGCGACAGCCUGCCAUGUGAGAAUCCCCUUUAGGUGCUUGCAGGGCACACAAAGGUAUCCUAUGCCACAAAACUUGAUGUGGCAAAAAGAUAGAAUAAGACAAAUGCAGGAAAGACAGAUGCAGGAAAUACACCGACACUCUCUAAGUCUCCGAAGAAUGCCACGCUCACAGAUCGAGUGCUAGUAUCCGGAAUAUCACUCCUGAUGAAUCUAGUUUAGGAAAUACUGGGCUAACCCCUAUCGCUAGGCUCGAUAUGUCUUUAUAAGACAUCAGGAUGUUGCUUGGGUUUGAUGCGUAAAAAUAACAUCUCAUUGAAAAGUAAGAAGCUCAAAUUGAGGAUGAAUGGGAAUUGAGAAACUAUCAGAAUCCAACGAUGUUACUUAACAGUGCCAAGGGAAAACCUACUUUCCUCUAAUAGGUCAUGAAAUAGAUCUUUUUUUUUCAAGGGUUUCUGUUGAGUUAGUCUCUAACAGUUCUGUUUUGAAAAUCAAAGGUCUCUAUCUUAAUUUAGUGGUUACGUUUGUGUGUGCUGAAAGCACCUGUUUUAUUUGCACUUAAUAUAUUGACAUUCCUUCGACUCUCCUCAGUGACUAAACUUCACGUAUAAUUAGUGUUAGUGCACUUGGCUCUCCAGAGUUGGAGGCGAGUGCAAUAGUUACACGUACGUAUGGAAAUGAAAGCACAAUCCUUCUUUAUAAAGAAUCACUUCAGGAUGUUUCUGUGUCUAUUAAAUGUUUUGUAACUGUACGUUGUAGAGAGGCGGCAGAGUUUGUAAUGGUUGAUCAGUAGAACAUCAGCCACUUGCUAAAAUGGAGAACCUGAGGCAGUGGAUCUUUUCCAGGUAUGUCUGGAGAUGCUCUGAGUUUGUCUUUGACGGAUUCGUUAGAAACUUGGGUCAACGGUCAGCCUGAUGUAAGGAGUGGAAUCCGGCGAUGUAGCCUAGCCACGUUGGUGUGGAUUAGUAAGACUGACAUUAUUCCCCAGAAACAGAUUGAAACCUGAGCUACUUGUCGAUCCUUUCUCAAAUAUGCACGCGUUUAAUUCAAGUGAAGAAGCGGAAGAGCCCCCACAAGCCUGUUUCCAGCCUGUCUUUGACAAUCAAAGCCUUUUGCCUUCAGUGUAUUUUCCCUAGAAACUUAGGGUAGCUGUGCUGCAGUGCUGCUUAACGAAUCAGCACUUGGUGUUCCUCUUGAAGGGACGUCGUUGGCUCUCAGUUACUGAUGACGUGAAGAUUUUUAGAUGCCUCUGGAGUUUUCAGUCUGUAAAUAAUUUACGCGUGUACAGUGGUUGUCAGGUUUAACCUGAUUAAAGGUACCUUUGGGAGUCUUGAGGUAGUUUUGCAUCUAUCAGAGCCCUGCUUGGCUCUGGUUUGUUUAACUGCUAUACCCCCGAGGAACAGAAGGUGGAAUAGUUCCUUUGGAGUAUCGAUGCCUCUUGGUUAUUGCUCCCACUGAACACUCCUCCAGGACAGUUUUCAUUUCUAGCAGACUCAGUGCAUCCUUCCUACCUCCUUUUCUUCCCCAUCCUUCCCUUCAUUUGAAUGUUCCAGGUUUUCACAUGUGACCAAACUCAGGACCUUAGGGAAGGGAAAGGGAGGAGUAACCAGGUUGUUCCAAAACUUGCGUAGACAGACAUUGAUGAAGGUGUUUACUGUCCUUGGUUCAUAUGAUAAUUUGCUGGUGGUUUUGAUGUGGGCGACUUCAUUGCAAAAGAUCCUCUAAACAGUUUUUGUUUGUUUGUUUGUUUUUGUUGUUUUUUUUAAACUGUUUAGCUUUCUGAACUGAUACUUCUCAUUUUCCAAUUCAGCAGGCAACCUAGAUCAUAUCUGAAACACUGGGUAAGUCUUUCAACCACAUAAUAUGUAAAGGUUUCUCUGUGUACUUUCUUUAAUGCUCCACCUUGCAGAUCACUCGUCACUUUGUUACCCAUAACUGGUCUUUUUAUAAUAAGAGAACAACCCAGCCUUGUCAAAAUUAUAUUGAAAAUCCAGCAGUUCAGUCUCAAAUCACUUACCAAGGUUAACCACCUGUGUUUUAUUUGCCUCUUGGAUUAUUAUGCGAGGGCAGAUUAAAUUGUACAGUGCUGGCAUAGUGCAAGAGAGGCAAUGUUUAAGUUUGUCCAGGCUUAAGGCUGAUGUUCAGAAGUGACUGUUGCCAAAUCAGCUCAUGUAGGCCCUUACGGAAGGGGUUAAUCAGUGGCGUUUGGCCCGUGAACUCUUGUGGGUUUGGCUGGAAUAUUUUUCAGAACUACUGCCCCUACAGCAGGGUUUGUGAGUAGAACAUAUGCAAAUGCCUCACAGCUUUCGUACAAACCCCAUUGAUUUAACCUAAGUGGGAGCUGAAUUUAAGAUACUUUACCAGACUUUGCACAGAAGCAACCGAGUUUACCUACUCCAUCCCACCGACUUGGCUAUAAGGAUUUGAUGAGCGAAGGACGGCGGCAUAGCCGACCACCACAGCUCUGUCAAAGCCUUUAAGUAGUCCGUCGGCAAAUCUGGGACAAUCUGGGGGGGAAAUACUGAGAUGGUUGUUUCAGUUAAAUACCCUGAUACAUGGCAGCAUGCAACAAAGUUAGAAGCAAGAACAAACUCCUUGCAGGCUCACUUUUUCUAAGCAAAUUUGAUAUUUGCAUGUACCGUGAGAACUUCUAUGGGACAUACAGUCUGUCUAGUUUACUAAAGACAUUCCACUUAAAGACAAUGUCAAAAUAGCUUAAUAUCUGGACAGGUACAAUGUGGAUGCCAGCCAUGAUGUUGUACGUGAUGCACCCUCUCUGUGUUCUGUUUGCAUGGGGAGUGAUGGACACUGUGAACAGCACCAGUUUGCUCUAACUUUUGCUAGGCUAAUUCAGUGGACUUUAAGUAGUUUGUUUUGAUUUAUUUUUUAUUUUUUUAGCCUUGCCUUUAAGUGGACCAAUUGCUUUGCAGUUUUUUAACUGACAAGUCUAACUAUCCAUUGUGUCACCUGUAGGCAUUCAGAAGAACUGAAUUUGGCUGUAAUUUAGCUCACUAACCUGUGAAACGUAACAAAUUCCUUGGGGCCCUUGACUGCUGUAGCUUGCUGGGUACUUAUAGAAAAAAAAUGAUCCUAUAAGCAACAGGCUGGGAAUUCUUUCCCUGUGUUUAUACUGGCUAGUUAAAUGUCAGUAAGAUCCUAGUGUGAGUUCAGGAAGUAUUAUAAGGCUGACUUCUGGCCCUCUAGAUGUAAAGGAACAUCAGACAGUGUUUUCCCUCCUCCUUAUGACAAUCACACCUCUAUAGCUGUACUGAACGUGUGCCACAAAAUGCAUGUUUCACGUCCUGUCCUUCUGCCCAAGGUAUCAGUGAAGUCGGACACAUCCUGCCUAGCACGAGGUGGUCACUGUCAUCAGUUCUAGGUGCCAUUUAUGUACAUAAUAUUUUAUAAGGACACAAAUAUUCUGUUGGUAUGCUGGGUUUGUAUAUAUUUUCAAUAAGACCUCCUCUCACGCAUAGUAGGAUAACACUCCAGAAAUAAAGAAAACGUGCCAACUUUUUAGCAUACAUAAUGAAUAAAGAUCCUAGAUUGAUCACUCUUAACAACUUGAGUCACCGGGAAUAGCAACUUCUGAGGUUAUUCUUAACACAACGUUGCAAUACGAUGUUGUAACAUUCAGUAGGUUUAAAAAGUAAACGUUUCAUGGCUUAGAUUUAUUUUCAGCUGUGUCCACGUUAUGCUAGAAAGCAAACCAUAUUUCUAAUUUGACGGUCUUAAGUGGAAGUCUUAUAAAACAGGUGCUCCUGAGGAUCUAAUCCUAUUACUAAUACGAAUGUUAAGUGUGGAACUAACUAGAUGUUCGAAGACCAUUAAUAGUCAGAUACUCCUUAUAGGUCCAUGUCACUGUGGAUCACGGCAGCUGUACUCUCCUCAGUGUUAAUGUAGACUUCAGCAAGUUGCUUGGGCAAGCAGCACUCCUGUACUUACUUCCAGUAAGGUAAAGUAGUGUGUGUGUAUAGGCUGUUUGAAACUCUCCUACUGUAAUGUUCUUUACAUUAAAUACACUGUAUUAAAGUUUAUUGUAAUAAGUGAAUUAAUGAAAAUAAACCUUUUAUUUCUCUAGC